AUGACCUUGUCCUCGGGAGGUGUGGUGGAGAACUUGCGCUUGUUUUUGAAGGGUUUCUACGAUUUUGGGGUGGCAGUGGCCGUAGUUGUUGGCCGAGUAGCCGCUGAGAGUUACUGGCAACGGGUGAUAAUUGUGAGCUGCGAAUUGGUUUUCUCGGUCUAUCACUUCUUUACUACUGAGGUACAACAGAAGAACCCCAAUAUAUUUUCGGAUAGCCCUGACGACUACGACUGCCCGGAUAUCUCGGUACAGAAUAUAGUUUUAAGCGCGGAGAGAUUCCGGAAGAAGGAAAGCUCGAAACAUAAGAAGAAAAAGUGCAAUGUGGGGUAUAAAUCGCCCGAGAACAACAUGAGGUCGGUUUCGCAACAAUGUACUUUGGAGUAUAGUUCGGAGAAUAUCUCGGAUUCGAUUCUGGAUAAGAGUCCAGAUCAUGCGUCUCCCGUGACGGAUUUGUUGAAGAAAGAUGAGCCCGAGUCAGUUCCUAGGAUAUACGUCAAUCCAUCACACGAUCUGCAUAAAGGAGUACAAAGUAGAGCUAGUAGUGUAAAUGAUUUAGAUGAUUUAUAUCAACAGAUAAGAAGAGGUCCAAAAGAUGCAACGUCUCAAUCACGGUCUUUUGUAAAUAGCUUUAGCCUCACUCGAAAUAGUCCGUGUUUCUCUGAUUCCGAUAUUAAUUCCUACGUUACCGACCAUACGUACAGACAUCGAACUUGCAACAGUAAUACUAGUUUAAACGACGAUGUCGAGACGACUGUUUAAUUUGAGAUUAUUUAUUGAGAUUUUUGUAUAGUAUUUUUUUAAUAGGGUUUAGUUUAAGUCGGUUUUCGAUGAUUUUCAUGUCAAUUGUGAGGAAACUGUGUCCAUAUUGUAAAAGGUAGGCGCGGCUGAGGGAAGACCAAACGUAACUGUCGGAAUAAAACUUUCUUUGUUGUACCAAAUACGAAUACUCAUUUAGUUGCGUCUGGAGCUCUCUACAAUCGUUUUUUGCACUAUUUAUAAAAAGUUGUGUAUUUGGCAACUUUGAAUAUUUUUUGUAAAUAUUCGGCUCCAUACGAUGUGUUCUUUAAUUUUAUCUUCUCUGAUUGUUAGGGGUCGUGUUUGGGGUGCGGUUUCGGCACAGAACUUAUCGACUUAUUAUUAUCAAAUUAAAAACAAGGUUUCUAAGUUGACGGGCUAAAACUGUGCCCCGAAUGCAAUUUCUACUUGUAAAUUGCCCCAGAGAUGCUCAAUUGUAACGGCAUACGUUGUACUUUGUGUGCUUUGUUUUAACAGUGUGUACUUAGCUAAAAAUACUUUAUUGUAUAACAUAUAUUUUUUGUAUGCGAUUUAUGGAUAUUAUACAUCGAAACGUGCAUUAUUAGUACAAUUAAGAGUAUUUAUUUCUAUGAAGUGUAGCCUAUAAUUAAGCUAAUCGUGUGCACUUUUGAUUAGGAUCAGAACUGAUACGAAGGUUUCUGUGUAAGUUGGGUUAUACACGAAUCUUCCGCCAUUGGAGUUUUACGUUUUUAUGUCUCGCGUGAGUGCGAGCCGUAUCCUGUGAUAUAGUAAUUACGUUCAGUAGAACUCUUCGUUUUUAAACGGUUUUAAUUUAUAGACAAACUACAUGUUAUAGAGCUUACCGAGCUUUUGUAAUGUACUUGCCAGGUUGAGUAAUUUUCUUGCGCAUGCAUUGAGAUUAUGUCAUUUGAUGUUGACGCAAAGGCAGUCUGUUGUAAGUAUUAAAUGAAAGAGUACAAUAUGUACAAUAUUUUAAAGACUGUUAGGUAUUAAAAUGAUAUACAAAUGCUGAAAAUACUGUUUGUUAAUAAUAUUAUCUCUUUGUGUAAAUGAUUAUUGUAUUCGAUGAUUGAAAAAGAAUA